UGGUAUAGUAAUUGUGACUUAUUCACACUAUAUACAUUUGGCUUCCGCAACAGUCCAAAUUAAAAGAACUUCAGCUUGGCAGCAACAUGUUUUCUGGCUUAAUUCCUGAUGAAAUUGGUUCGAUCACCAGUCUUGAAGUUUUUGUACUUUUCAACAAUUCAUUUCAAGGAAAGAUUCCAUCUUUUAUAGGCAGACUCAGAAGUCUUCAUCACCUAGAUCUUCGAAAGAAUCGUUUGAAUUCAACCAUUCCUUCUGAGCUUGGCCUCAUGUGUACUAACCUCACCGUCUUGUUUUUGUCAGAGAAUGUGUUGGAAGGACCAUUGCCUAUAUCCUUGUCUUCUCUGACCAAGUUAUCUCAAUUGGGUUUGAACGGUAAUAAUCUUUCUGGUGAAAUCUCAUCGUAUCUCAUCAGCAAUUGGACUGAGUUGAUAGCUUUGAUGCUUCAUAACAAUUCCUUUACUGGAAAAAUUCCACCUGAAAUCAGUCAGUUGAAAAGCCUCAAAUAUCUUUACCUCUAUCUUAACAAUUUCACUGGUUCUAUUCCCUAUCUGAUUGGAAACUUGCAAAACUUGUUAGAGCUAGAUGUCUCUGAAAACCAUCUUUCAGGCACAAUACCUCCAACCAUUGGAAACCUGACCAAUCUAACAACGCUGCAUCUUUUCCCGAACAAUCUUAGUGGAACCAUUCCUCCUGAGAUUGGCAACUUGACAUCACUGCAAACCCUCGACAUCAACAGCAAUCGGCUUAGUGGUGAGCUGCCGGACAGCAUUUCUGACCUCAGUUGUCUGAUGUUUUUUUCUGUAUAUAGCAAUAAUAUCUCAGGCAAUGUCCCAAAGGACUUUGGAAAGAACAGUUCUCAAUUGUCCACUGUCAGCUUGUCAAAUAACAGCUUCACUGGUGAAGUACCUCCUGGAUUAUGCAGACAUUUUGCUCUUGAGGAGUUGAUAAUAAAUAGGAACAAAUUCAAUGGGAAAUUACCAGAUUGCUUGAAAAAUUGCACAAAGCUAAAAGGAAUAAGGCUUGACGACAACAAAUUAUGGGGUAAUCUUGUAGAGGCAUUUGGAGUGCACCCGAAUCUUGUUGUCCUUUCUCUUAGUGACAACCACUUUUCAGGUGAACUUUCACCUGACUGGUGGAAAAGUGAAAAUCUCACAGUACUAAGAAUGGAUGGAAACAAAAUUACCGGUGUCAUCCCUUUGUCUAUUUGCAAUGUGACAUCACUGCAAACUCUAGUUUUAGCAAGAAACAAUUUGAGGGGAGCAAUUCCACAAUGUUUGGGUAAUAUCAACAGCCUCCGCAUUUUGGAUAUGCACCACAACAGUCUUUUCGGGACUCUUCCAACAACCUUUAGCGCUGGCAGUGUACUCAAAAGUUUCAACUUGCGUGGCAAUGAACUGGAGGGGAGAAUUUCCCGAUCUUUGGCUAAUUGCAAACAGUUGCAAGUUCUUGAUUUAGGAGAUAAUUACCUCAAUGACACAUUCCCGAUGUGGUUGGGAACUCUUCCAAACCUGAAAGUUUUAAGCUUGAGAUCAAAUCAAUUGCAUGGGGCCAUUAGAACUUCAAGGAUCAAAAAUUUUCCUGAGCUUCGAAUCAUAGAUCUCUCUUACAAUGCCUUCACGGAAAACUUACCAACGAGCUUGUUUCAACAAUUGAAAUCCAUGAGGACAAUUGAUCAAACAUUGAAGGAACCAACAUAUAUUGGAGAUAGGUAUUACCAAGAUUCUGUAACACUUGCAACCAAGGGACGAAAUCUUGAACUUGUUCAAAUUUUGACAGUUUACACCGCUAUUGAUCUUUCAAGUAACAGAUUUGAAGGACAUAUUCCAAGUAUUAUGGGAGAUCUCAUUGCACUUCGGUUUUUGAACUUAUCUCACAAUCGGUUGCAAGGUCAUAUACCGAAUUCACUCGGAAAUUUAUCUGUAGUCGAGUCACUGGACCUUUCAUUUAAUCAGCUUUCAGGAGCGAUACCACAACAACUUGCUUUUCUUACGUCUCUUGCAUUCUUAAAUCUAUCCAACAAUCAUCUCCAAGGAUGCAUACCUCAAGGACCUCAAUUUCAAACCUUUGAGAAUAACUCAUAUGAAGGUAAUAAUGGAUUACGUGGAUUCCCACUUUCGAAAGGUUGUGGCAAAGAUCGGGUAUCAGAGACAAAUAAUACUGUAUCUUCCUUAGAUGAUCAAGAAAGCACUUCUGAAUUUCUCAAUGAUUUUUGGAACGCUUUUCUUAUGGGAUAUGGUAGUGUACUGUGUAUCGGAUUGUCCAUAAUAUAUUUCAUGAUUUCAUCUGGAAAUCUGAAAUGGCUUGCAAGAAUUAUUGAAGAACUUGAGCACAGAAUUAUUAUGCAAAGGCGAAAGAAGCACCAAGGAUGAUUUGAUUUCAGAACUUCAGAUGUCAAGGAUAAGAAGACGUUGGCGUAAUGGAUUUGGCUAUUCCUAUGUUCACUUUUAAGCUUUAUUUUGUGUCUGCGUU